AGACACAAGAAAUUUUCAAUCCAUUGAUUAUUUCCCCUCUUUCCAUUUUAAAACAAUCUAUUUUAAUGAUACCCACUUUGAUUUCUUCGCAUUAUUCUCACUCUCCAAAUCUCUCUGAUAUCUGAUCUGCUUGGGUCGAUCGCAGCUCCGCCCUCCCCGAUCAUGUCGCCCGACCGCCCAAACCUAUGGCGAAUACUCUCCGACACCUCCGCCCUAAUCAGCGCCCACUCCCUCCAUUUCACGGCGCUCUCAAUCCUCUUCCUCUUCCCCUCUUCCUUCGCCGCCGUCGUCUAUUCCCUACUCUCCCUCCCCAAUAACCCACUCCAAACCCUCCACCUCCGUCUCCAAUCCACCUUCUCCGCCGCGGACUACCAAAUUCCGGCUGUCGGAGCAUCCCACCUCCUCGUCUCCCUCAUCUCCCUCAUCUUCACCAUCUGCGCCACCGCUUCCAUCUCCAGCAGCACCUUCAACGCCUUCUACGGAAAGCCCGUGGAGCUCGCCACUGCCCUAAAAUCCGCCAUCGUCAAGUUCCUCCCGCUCCUCGCAACCACUCUCGCCGUCCAGAUCGUAAUCGCACUGAUAGUCUCCGUCUUCCUAGGGUUUGUGGCCAUCACCAGCAACGGAAUCGCCGAUUUGUACAAUCAAUACUAUCUGGCGAUUGUCAUCGCGGUGGCGGUGCUAAUGGUGGCGCUGAUGUUCUACUUGCAGAUCGAGUGGAGCCUGUCGAACGCGGUGGUGGUGCUGGAGUCGGAUUGGGGAUUCGCCGCGCUGAAGCGGAGCUCCUAUCUGGUGAAGGGGGCGAGGGGCGUCAUGUUCUCGUUCCUGCUCUUCUUCCUGAUUUUGGCGGGCGUUUUUGUCAUUUGCUUUUUCAAAUAUGUGAUGAUUGAGUAUGGGAGCGGCGCCGAUGCCUGGAAUUGUUGGUUGGUUUUGAAGAUUGCUGCUUUUGCUGUUUUUUCCUCCCUAUUGUCGCUCUAUAGCGUGGCUGCUCUCACCGUUUUCUUCAUCUACUGCAAAGCUUCCCGCCAUGAGUUGCACUUUGAGAUUGAUGCCCCAAAUGGAAAGCUUGCUGAUGACUAUGUGACCUUGCCUUACCAUGUUAUUGUGUGAAAUUGAAGUGAGAAUCUACAAAUAUUACUUGUUUUGUAUGUGUAAUUCUAGUAAAUCUUGAUAAUGCUUUUGUCUAAAUUGAAGUGAGAAUCUACAAUUCUUGCUGUUUUUGUAUGUGUAAUUCUAGUAAAUCUUGAUAUAUGUAUGUUACUUGGAAUAAAAGUCUGUUUUGCUCUGAUUGA